AUGAGCAGGCCAGAGUUGGAAUUUAUGAGCUCUGUGCAGCAGGCAGUUCAGCUUUCGCUACAAGAACAGAAACCUUUGGUUGUAUACUGUACCGAGGGGAACGACAACUGGCUCCGAAGUUGGUUCAAUAGGGAGUUGAGGCAACAACUCGUUACGACGUGUAUAGCUCUUAAGCUGACAAAAGGACAGCCAGAAUACGGAUAUUUCGAGCAAAUAUUUCCUUCAGUUCCCGUACCAAGCGUUUGUUGUAUUAAGGAAGGUAAAAUUACUGGCGUUGUUGAAGCUACUGUGGUCAAGACUGAUGGUCAGGUCCACAGGAAUACACUGUUAGCAUGUUUGGGUCAUAUACCCAGAAACACAAAUUCGGAGUCUUCCCCUAAACAAAACUCGACCCUAAAAGAGCAGGCAGCGCAAAGGGCAGCACAGUUGCAUCAUGAAGAAGUUUUGAAACAGCGCAAGGUUGAAAAAGAAGAGCGCGAGCGGAUAAGAAGACUUGUGAAGGCCGACCGGGAAGAGCUCAAAGCCAAAAAUCGCGAACCUGUUGCCCAUGAACGCCGCGCUUUGGACAGCCUGCACGAUAACAUCAAAAAUACUGAUCAUUUAACCGCGAAGACGUGCACUCUGCAGAUACGACUACUUAACGGGCAUGCAAUCUGUCACCAGUUCAAGUCCAACGCAACACUCAACUCUGUCAGGAGGUGGAUCGACGAGAACAGAGACGACGGCGACGCGCCAUAUGUUUUCUUCAGAAGUAUACCCCGUGAAUCAUUUCAGGAGUCAGAUGAGUUGAGAUCUCUAAGUUCACUACAACUAACACCACGUUCGGUUUUAAUUUUGAAAGCGGUCGAAAAUGAUGAUAACAACGUACAAAUUAUUGAUGUCCAGGGUCCCGGGCUCUUGGGAAGGAUGUUUAACUCCGUUACCGGUUGGUGGAAUUCUGAAAAGGCUAAUGAGCCUGACUCAGAUAUUCAGCAGACAACAAAACCCAAUGAAAAAUCUCCGGCUUCUUCAAAGUUUAAUUCUCCCGCAAAUUCCCCUUACAUCAGGCAUCAGCUGGCUCGAAACCCGUCUGAGUUAAGUCUUCCUUCCCGCCCAGUAUCACCUAAUGUUUUCCAGUUUGUAAACGCUGACGAUAACGAAGCGAGUGACCGCGACCGUAAAACCUUCAACGGAAAUAGCGUGAAGCUCGAAGACAAAAAAGGGAAGGAAGGUAAGUAG